AUGUUCCCGAAUCUCCACGAAGCCUAUCUAGACUCUGCUUUUCCCUGGGCUUUCCUGCCCCUUGUUCUAGGUCCUCGACUUGUGCGAGCCCAUUUCGACUCCCUCGCCCCCGAGUUUGGACACGCCAUCGUCUUUCUUGCCCGCAAGUGCCCAUCGGUGAAGUAUGUUUCCCUCCUUAUGGGAAAGGAUCACCCACCGGACAGCAUGUUUGCCACCAUGCUCGCAGAUGCUGUAUCUCUAGGCUUGCAAAAUGUCGAACGGCUGCACUUGGGAACUCCCGAUGUCGUUUAUAAACCAUCAGCGAUCCUUUCUACACUGUCAAGAAUGAAGUCGCUUGAUGCACUGAUCCUUGACUUGGAAUCACCCUCAACCUCACGACUACCCUCUAUUCCGUCACGAACAUCCCUUCCUUCUCUCACGCAGCUCACCCUUGAAAGCGGUGGGCCAAAGGAAGUGAUGCGUAUCAUGAGCUGCAUUCGCGAUCUUUCCAAUCUGGCCACCUUCCAUGCCACUUUGAAGUAUGGACCUGAGGACAAGGAAGCCGAUAUAUCUGACAUGAUAGCGUCACUGGUUCAAACAUUGCCAGAAACCAUGCUUAGCAUCCACCUCAGCAACGUCGAUCCUACUAUCUUUGCGCCGAGUCCAGCUGUAUUCCGUCCGCUGUUCCGAUUCAAUCAACUUUUUGACCUUACCGUCAACUUCGUCUUCGAUCCUCCAUUGAACGACGAUGACAUGGAGGCGCUGUCAUUGGCCCUUCCCAGACUCAAGAGUCUGUCACUGCCUCUUUUGACCGGUUCCCAUGCCAUUACCCGGACCACUCUACAGGGCCUCGCGACGCUGCUUCGCAAUUGCCGUCAUCUCUCAGAGCUCUCCCUAGCCCUUGAUCUGACGACCGCCACCAACGCUGCAUAUGACGCGCUACCUCCAUGGGUGCGGAACACGCAGAUUACCUCUCUUUCGCUGGGGAACUCUCCGAUGGACGAUCCUGCCUUUGCAGCCCGCCAUCUCCUGCGCUUGAUCCCACGCCUCUCUUCCCUACCCGAAUACAAUGGAAGCGAUCCGAACGCAGGUGUCUGGGAGGAGGUCGAGAGACUGGUCAAGCAGCACGCUAGUCGUGUUCCUACUCAAACUUUACUUGUUUAG